AUGUCGGUCGCAGCCGCGCGGCCGGUCACUCUUUCAGACUUCUCCUCUUGCGAGAUAUCUGAUGCACUCAUCAAACUUGGCGUCCCCCACGGCGGACACAUACCAGAUAUCUCCAUGUUCUCCCCUACACCGCCCGCUAGUACGCGGUCUGGAAAGAUCUGCGCGCCGGCUUACACUGUCAAGAUGGUGCCCGCGAACGACAACACGUCUCCGAGACUAUCUGCUCAUUUCGUGGACACUGUGACCCCGGGGUCUGUCAUAGUCAUAGUCGCACCUCCCGACACCAAAAAUGCGGUGUGGGGUGGCCUGAUGACCGCUGGUGCACAAGCCCGAGGGGCUGUCGGUGUCGUCAUAUCAGGUCGCUGCAGGGACCUCGCUGAGCACCGUGCCGCAGGUUUUCCUGUUUUCGCUCGCGGCCACUCGACCUUGGGCCAGGGGACGUUUGUCCGGCCCUCAGCGAUCGACAUCCCCCUGGUCAUCACACCGGAAGGCGUCGAGGGAAGCUCCGGUGCAUUCCCCUCCACAGAAGUUCUGCCUGGGGAUUGGAUCAUAGCAGAUGAAGACGGUGUUGUCUGUGUUCCUCAAUCUCUGGUGGAUCAAGUCGUAGAGCUAGCAACUAUCGGACGUGAAAUCGAUGCCAGGUGCAUGGAAGAUAUUAAAGCCGGAAAGGGGAUUCAAGCUUCCUUCCUCAAGUACCGAGGGAAGUAG